AAAACAAAUCACCACUGAGAUUAUAAAUAAUUGAACAACCCUAUUCAAGUCUUGCAUAACCAAUCAAAUCAAAAAACAAUGGCAGCAAGUGGAGAAGAGAAGAAGAUUUCAACCAGUGAGCUAAUGGCAAGUGCAAAGGUAGUAGCAGAGGCAGCACAGUCAGGUUUUGGGAAAGAUUUAGACAAAGACAAGACAGCAGAAGCUGCUGGUGAUCUUCUAGAUGCAGUUGGUCAGUAUGCUAAAUUGGAUGAUCAGAAAGGUGUAGGAUCAUAUGUUGAUAAAGCUGCUGAUUAUCUGCAUAAGUAUGAGAACACUACUACUGCUACUCCACCAGCUUCUAAACCUGCAGAUCAGCCCAAAAGUGAUGAAGCUGCUAAGCCUGAAGGUGAAGGAUCAGGUGGGAUUGGUGGACUAGGUGGUGAUUUUGCUAAGGUUGCUGGAGGUUUCUUUAAAUGAACAAAAUCAACUGAUUUGGUUUCAGCAUGCAUAUUCUUGUGUGUUGAUUAAUAAGGACACUUUAUUUGCCGUCCCUUUCAUUAUUAUUAUGUUGGUAUCUUAUCAUAUAAUUCAUAUAGGAUAGGAUAUAGUAAUGUGUGAUAAUGGAUCAAAUAUGUAAGGUAUGGUAACAGAGUUUGUUCUGCUCUCUACUUUAUUAUAGUUUGAACCAAGAUCAUGGCUAUGUAGUUUGUUUAUGUUUUUCCUAAUUCUGUUGCACAUAUAUAUUAAGAAAAUAGGGGUGAACUUCAAUCCUGUUUCCUUUCUAGUAUUUUGUUCUCUUUUGGCUUCA